AUGAUUCAAUUAGAAGAAAGAGAAAUUCCUGUAAUACCAGGUAAUAAACUAGAUGAGGAAGAAACCAAGGAAUUACGAUUGAUGGUGGCUGAGUUAUUAGGAAGAAGAAAUACUGGGUUCCCAGGUUCACAACCAGUUUCAUUUGAAAGAAGGCAUUUAGAAGAGACAUUGAUGCAAAAGGAUUAUUUUGUAUGUGAAAAAACUGAUGGAUUAAGAUGUUUAUUAUUUUUAAUCAAUGACCCUGAUAAAGGUGAAGGAGUAUUUUUGGUUACUCGAGAGAAUGAUUAUUAUUUUAUCCCCAAUAUCCAUUUCCCAUUAUCUGUUAACGAAACUCGUGAAAAACCAACAUAUCAUCAUGGAACUUUAUUAGAUGGUGAGUUGGUGUUGGAGAAUAGAAAUGUCAGUGAACCAGUUUUGCGUUAUGUUAUAUUUGAUGCCUUGGCCAUACACGGAAAAUGUAUUAUUGAUAGGCCCUUACCAAAACGAUUAGGAUAUAUUACCGAAAAUGUUAUGAAGCCAUUUGAUAAUUUCAAGAAACAUAAUCCUGAUAUAGUCAACUCCCCUGAAUUCCCCUUUAAAGUUGGAUUCAAAACAAUGCUAACUUCUUACCAUGCUGAUGAUGUUUUGAGUAAGAUGGAUAAAUUGUUUCAUGCUUCAGAUGGAUUAAUUUAUACUUGUGCCGAAACACCUUAUGUAUUUGGAACUGACCAAACAUUGCUAAAAUGGAAACCCGCUGAAGAGAACACUGUUGAUUUUCAAUUAGAGUUUGUUUUCAAUGAGGUGCAAGAUCCAGACUUGGACGAAAGAGACCCAACAUCAACUUAUCUAGACUACGAUGCUAAACCGAAUUUAAUAAAAUUGAGAGUAUGGCAAGGUAGCAAUGUACAUACUGAUUUUGCCAAGUUAGAUCUAUCAGAUGAUGAUUGGGAAAGAUUGAAGGCACUAGAGCAACCAUUACAAGGCAGGAUUGCUGAAUGUCGCCAAUCUACAACUAAGAAGGGAUAUUGGGAAAUGCUUCGAUUCAGAAACGAUAAAAGUAAUGGAAAUCAUAUCAGUGUGGUGGAAAAGAUUUUGGUAUCCAUCAAGGAUGGUGUCAAAGAGAAAGAAGUCAUUGAGUGGUGUCCCAAAAUAUCAAGGGCUUGGAAGAAGAGAGAGAACGAUAGAAGACAGAAGCAUUUCAAUGGAGUUGCUCGUCCAGCUUCUGUACUGCACGAAGAACCACUACGGAAGAAAAUCAAAACGGAAUCUAAUGGUAAUGGACAUCAAACGCCUCCAAGACAAGAACAACAACAACAACUGCAACAAAUACUUAAUGACAUACCCACUUAUGAAGAUAGUGACGACGAAUAA